GCCCCUACGUGUGACGUGCAAUCUCAAAACCGUUAUGAAUGUGGAUGGCUGGGAAUCGACAAACAAACCUGCUUGAAGAGAGGCUGUUGCUGGGAUGAAAGCGAUCCAAACGCAAAGUACUGCUACGUUAAAGGAAACUCGCGUAAGCUUUGAUUAGGUCACAGUGCAGCUAAGAGAGGCCCUGUAAAAAAGUUUGGUGACAGCGUUUAUGCGACUCAAAAUCCUGCAUUCUCGCAAGUUUUCGAAACACGUCACAAACUUACGCUUAAGGUUAUGAGCUCCGACGCUUAACAUUUCCUUGAGGAAGGAAAAUUGAUUGGACGACUUCGUAACCAGGAGCAAAUAUUUUCCAGUUAAAAGUUCUUUUUUUCAUUUUGAAACAAUUGAAGAUAAAUUUGCAUUAAUGGCAACCCAAAGAUGUUCCACUUUCGUUACAGUACCAUACAAUAGAUAUAGAAUACAAUGCAAUGCAACGUGAUACAAUAAGCUAAAUACAAAUAAUAUAUACAUUUAUAAAACUGUCUUUCAAAAGUAAAUUUUUCUGAGCCUGCGAUCACUUGAAUACCUUGACUUGUGUGCGGAAAACUAUAAAAAACAUGUCUCCUCACAGUUGUACACCUGAGCUCGCCAUACAGUCAUGUGACACUGGUCAGCGGGUAUUCUAUGAAAGUUGACAGCUGUUAAUUGAUCAUAACAUGGAUGUAGAGUAAGACCCUUAACAUCCGCUUACAUGAGCGGGCGGACGUACGCAAGUACGUACGAACGAUUUUCUCAGAACCAAAAUUUCUUGGAUGCAUGGAUAACCGAAUUUUCUUACCCAUGGUGCUCCGUUGCGCAAGAGCUCCACUAUAAAUACGUACUAUUAUUUUGUUAAGAACCAUCACUGGUUAAUAAAGGGUAUACGGAUGUUAAAAUCUGUACAGAUCUUCCUGAUGGACUUUGUCCCGUGGCUCCAUCUGAACGUGUGGAAUGUGGAUAUUAUGGGAUAACAAAGGAGGAAUGUCUUAACAGAACAUGCUGCUGGGAUGAAACAGUUACAGCGUUCGGUGCUAGGUGGUGCUUCAAACAGCCGAGUAAGUUGAGUUCGUAAAGCAAAAGUCCACGGUACACGUUUAAUUAUGCUGUACAAAGUCAUAUAUUCGGGGCUUAAAGGAGCUGUGUCACGAAAUUCAGCCAAAUUUAGGAAAUUACAAAAUGCCCGUUAAAUUAAGAGAAACAUAAAAAUAAUCGCUCAAAACAUCAAAGGAAGGUUAAAAUAACAUAACAGAAACAACACAUGUCACGGAUUGGCAAAACUGAAGAAGAUUGAAAAGGAUUGAAAUUAAGGUUCUUGAAAACUUUUCGAAGUUGAUCCCUGCUGCUUGCAACUUCAAAAAUAAUACUCAGGAGGCAUAUUUCUCUGAUUUUGUCAUUUACCUGUAAUUUCUUUGCUUACUUUAAGUUCCAUAGCGAUUGAGGGCGAGCAAUUGUCAAAAUUAAACAAAAUGAACUGGACUGCCGUGACACAGCCCCUUUAUCUCGCUGGUAAAACUGCCAACAAAAACGUGCAACUUGUUUUGCAACAUUGCUGCAAACGAGUUGAAAAGCGAUGUUGCUUGUUUUACCACCCACCUUCAAACCUGUCUUGCUACAAAUCAGGUUCUUGAUGGUUGCAAACAUUUGUUGUAGAAAAUAAAGAGUAGUUCUACUUUUUGCAACAACAUCUGGUGUACAUGUUGCGCGAUUUAACGGCCCAACCUCGUCCACACGGUUCACUGAUUUUUUUUUUUGUAACAGGAGUUUAGGCUUAACAACCAACCAAAUCACGACAAGCUAUGAACACCUUACGAGUCUCAGUCUGCCAAUCAAAAAUAUCAUCUUUUCCAAAUAAGGACAUCACCCACACAACCUAAAAAUAGAACAUGAUGUGCCCUUUUUCUUACUUGUGACAUCUCGGUCUUAAAUUAUUUCUCCGCAAAAAGCAAUAACGACCCCAAUAACAUAUUUAUUUUUUAGACACAAGUAAUGGAGAGGAGAAGGGUGACGUCAGGUUACCAUUGUAGCAAAAUUUCUGGAUCACAACAACCUUUCUUGACAGAGGCGGCCAUUUGCAUUGUCGAACGAUAGAAGAAAAGUAUGGGCCACCGUUUUGUUCCUGAGUGUGAUCAUGCACAGGAAAGUCAGACAUGUCAACCUUGAUUCUGGGUUAUUACCUCCGAGUUUUCCGCUCUUCCAGAGAAUUUCUUCUUCCUCCUCUGAUACUUGUCGAGCUUUGUUUGGGCGCUUACCACGGCCAGCCAAGCGAAGCUGUUUCGCUUUGCCUUCCAACACCUGUUUGGACGAACUAAAUUCUCGGUCACGUACAAUGGACAAGGUGUAGCCUUUGUUCUUUAAGUGUCUGUCAAGCGAUGCCAUCAUUACUUUGAGGCUUUCUGGUUCAUAAUCUUCACCUUGUUUAUUUUUUACUUCGGCGUAGAAAUGCUCGAGCAAAGUGUUAAGCUCAGCCGGCUCAUAAUUUUCUAUUUCAUCUGUAAUUUUCUUCUCUAAGCACCACUUCUUCCAAACAGAGAGCCAAAAAUCGGUGCUUUUUGCAGUGUUUUCGUUUUUGGAGCAGUUUUUCAGCUCCUCUAUAGUUGUUGCGGUCGCAAAAGCAAAUCUGCUACAAACGCCAGCCAUUGCGGUUUUUGCUCGAACCUGGUCAAGAGCGGAUCCAGAUUUUGCGCCAUUCAGAUGGCGCACUUGAUUGGCUCUCAGUGAGUUCCUUUGUUUAUUAACCAAUCAGAAUGCCUCGUUUGUUACCUCUUUUCUGCACUAAAUUACCUUUUUUCUGCACUCAAUUACCUUUUUUCUGCACUGUGUUACCAAAAAACUGUAUUUCUCUCAGCCAAUCACAAUCGAGAAAUUUUUUCAUGUAUAUUAUUAAAGCAAAUAAUAGCAUGAUUUGUACGUGAUAUUUCAAGAUUGUCUCAAAUUUCACUCGCCUAACGGCUCGUGAAAUUACGUAGAACAAUUUCGAAAUAUCACUCCUGGUAUUUAUGGCAAACAUCACUACAAAUCAUGCUAUUACUAAUUUGUAAUUUCAUGUUUAAAAUCACAAAAUUGCCAUGGCAACCUUCCGUACGUGUCAGUUCCAAGAUGGCGACGAACUUUUUAAAUUUUAUGAAUGAAGAUGUCAGGGCAUGAAAAGUACGCUUUGGAAAACAUAAACACACAUCAAGAAGGCCAGAUUCUAACAGGUAUUUUGUCGAGACAUUCCGAAAAUUCUAAAAUUCAGCCAAAGUUAAGCUCUAAACUUUUGAGAGCGUGGAGUUCUCCGAUCGAUGCGAUAAAACCAGGAUAAACAUGUCAAAAAUCCACAACUGCAAUCGCAAUUCGUCACCUACGAUAUUACUGAACAGGUAAUCAAAUGAUAUGCUGCGAGAAAUAAGAGAAUUAUUUCACGUGCGUUUUGUCCAAAUCCUAAUACAUAUAACUUCCCUCUCCUAAAUGCUCGAGAAAUUAUUAGGAUGUGGACAAAACGCGCGUGAAAUAAUUCCCUAAUUUCACUCGUCACCAUUUGAUUACACAUACGAACUGUUUUUGAUUACCGUAAAUCCCCUAUUAAGCCCCCCUCUCAAAUAAGCCCCCCCCCCCCCCCCCUCCCCUUUUCAGAGGAGGAAAGUUAAUAAGCCCCCCUCCCUCCCCUCCAUCCUUAUUCCGUGGACUGAUCAGUUAUGGCGUAUCAAGGCUGGUAAUUCAUAUUGUUUUUGGUCGUCGGCCGCAUGACGUCAGACUUCAUGUGCAGAACUUUUUCAACUUUACGCUCUAGUUCUCUGUAGAGAAUUAUAACCAUUUUCUUAUUGUUAGAAAAAGUAGUAUAGCGCCCGGUAACCACAAGUCCGUCCUGGAGAAACCUUGCUCCCGUUGAUACAUUUCGCUAAAUUAAAUAAGCCCCUUCCCCUUCUCUUUCAAGCCCCCUCUCAAAAGCGCUUGAAAAAAAUAAGCCCCCUCUGGGGGGGGCUUAAUAGAGAAUUUACGGACGAGUGAGCGACUUUUGAGUGUCUCCGAGGACAUAGUCCACAGAACACCCAGUAAAAACGGACACUUCAUAUGGGCUCCUUAGUGUCGGGAUUAAAAAAGGGUUUGGCUGUUUUAUUUAAUAAUAGUUUCAAUUCAGCUUUAUCGUCAGUUUUCACCUAGUUUAGUGUUGAAGCAAAGGCUACUGUUUCCUUUUUCUUUAUAGAAAUCAAAGACGCCAACACAGAAAAAUGAAGUGAGCCAGAAAAUCUUGCAGCGAACAACAUGAACAACCCUUAAAAUAUAGAUUUUACCAAGCCUAAGAGCGGAGCUCCAUUAAUAAUAAAUAACCAUUUACAUGUUAAUUAAUAAACUUUAAACCGUUGCAAAGAAAUUCAUCACAUUAGUUGAUACCACUUGAUUGUCAGAGCAAUCUUUUAUGAGUUAUCAGGAAAUGAAAAUCAGAAUGGGCUAUUCUUACAGUUGCGUGCCCAGUGCCCAGGCUUUUGAAGUAAUGUGAGGCUAGAGGCGACCUUGAUUUGUCCCAAUUUAUCUGCACAUCGUGUUAUUCUCAUAUAAACAACCCUGUGAACAGGUUCAUUUGCAUGUGAAAACAGGACGAUUUGCAAAAAAGAAAAAACAACAACAAGGUCACUUCCAGCCUCGCCCCUAUCCAAAGGCCAGGGCACUCAGCAAGAAACUGCAAAAAUGGUCUUCUGAGUUUUACACACACUCAGGCAGUGAAGAGUACCAUCCUCAAAAACUUCGCAUUUUUCUAAAACGAUCCCAAAAUUGACAGAAUGAUUUCGAAAAUGCCGUUCUUUCCAACUUAAUCAAAAAACCUAAAAAUGGCCUUUUACCAACUUUUUCACCUGAUUUUACAUGAAAUAGACAGAUUUGGUUGUUUUAUGCUGAAAAGUGGAUUUUUUUCAAAAAGCUUGGUACUUUGCUUAACCCAUUCGCUUUUGGAGAUUUUGCCGAAAAAAGCGUUUUGAAGCUAGUCGAGUGGUUUUCUGGUCACUGUCGUGCUAUAAAGAGUGAAAACUUACCACAAACUGGUUUACAGGUCGAACACUUCGCGGCCUUCUGAUCCAGAUGCAAAAUAUCAGCUUGCGAAGUUCGGGCAUGCGUAGAAAGCAAAAUUUCGAGAUUUUUGGGUUUAAAAGUGACACAGCAGUCUUGACUUUUACUUUUCGCUUUCUCUCCUCCCUUCUUUUUUCGCUUUUCUUGCCUGAUUUUUUUUUUCUCUUGCUGGGCAUUUAGCAGGCUUCAUUUCGGUGGGAAGAGUUUUUAGGAAAGCUUUUAGGAUCUUAGGAUUAGGUGAUGGAACAAGAUUUUCAUGGAGAUUUUCAGGUCAAUGUCACGUGGUUUUUUGCUUGUUUCUCCGGUGUCCUUGACUGAAUUGUGCUCAUUAUGGUAUGGUUUGAAAGAUCUCUUCACUCUGCACAAGUUAGCGAAGAAAGUUGUCCUUGACCGUUAAAACUGAUGACGUCACAAUGUGUAGAAAGGACCUGGAUCCGCACGGGCGUUUACGGGCGGUUCAGGGGCGAAUGGGUUAACUUUAAGUCUUAAAACGUUUAACAAAAAAUUGGGACCUCGUAUACUCAAAGAGGCAAAUUCAAAAGAAUUGGAAAAAGAGAGCAUUCAUAGGUACCUCACACCUAUUGGUAAAUGGAUCAACUUUCUCUAAAACAGAUUUAAGAACACAUCGUUUAGGGAAAUAACUUCAUUCAUUCUGCGCACAAAAUUACAAAAAUCACAAAUUACUCUGUACCUUACAGCUAAAAAGAUGAGUCAACAUUUGAUAACUCUAGUUUAUAGCCGUUAAAAAGCAAAACUAUUUUUAAACGAAGCAUAAAAGACUUGGCUACCACGUAAAAAGCUUGAAAUGUCACAGCAAAAGUUUGUAAACCCAUCCCCAUACUCGCCGAGUCUAUGGCUCGGCUGCGUCCAAGUAGUAAGUUGAACGCAAAUGUCCCCAGCUUUUAAGCCAGUCCCGGUAGGCAUGAAGAAUAUACAUGCUGGAAAUCAAAGCUAAUUUCAACGUUUGCCUCCUCUCACAUCAGCUUCUUCUUAACAUGGCUGACACUGGAGGGUAAACGAAAAGCAGUGGUCGACUUUUUUACUUUCAAGGACAGAACGUAACAACAGUUUCCUCUACAGCAGGUGAAACACACUAUUUUGUCAACCUCUCCGUUUUUCAAUUACCUGGGGGCUCAUGCAGUCCUAAAGUAUCUAUUUUCACCAAGUAACUCCAAGGUUCGAGCCACGUAAAAAGAAAUACACAUACACUGAACAACGUAAAUGACUGUCCAUGACGUCAUUUAUUGAAUUUAUAAAUACGUUUAUCUCAGUCGGGUAAAUACAGGCAUCAGUAAAAUGAGCAGAGAAGCAUUCAUUACACAACCUAAAAACCAAACAAGUACAAAGAUCACUUUUAUAAUGUUACGCUCUCGAAUUGCUAGAACAAAUAGUACAUUAGAGAUCUUCAUAGGCAUAGUAGACUGCCGCCAGGAAAAAUCCCUAUCAUUUUCAAAAUCUCUUUUAAUUGAUUUGCAUUUCACAUUUUUUAUCAGCUUCAUUUCCAGGCAAAAUUAUCCUCCUUUUUUAUCUAUCGCCUUAUAGCCCCAUGCCCCCACCGGUUCAGAACGCUCGUGUCCUCUCUUCCCACGAUGCCUUGCGCAGAACGCCUUAUAUUUUUCAUGGGAUUUGGCUUUUUUCAAGGGUUUGAAGUAUCAAACUCAGAUACUUGAGAUCAGAAAUGUAUUUUCCAUUUAUAAAACGUUUACACGUUAUUUUUGAUUGCAAAAUGCCCAUAAGCCAAAUACGAAGAUGCAGUGGUUUCUUAUUACGAUAGUCAGACGGUUUUUCUUCUUAAUCUGACCAUGAACAUGUUACUGUGGCUCAAUAUUCUGCUUGCAACACAAUGUUUCGGUCGACUUUGUCAAUCCCCAAGGUAUGGCUAUUCUAGGAAACUUCACGUGUGGUUACAUGGGAUAUAUACACCGUGGUUUAUGACCACUGUACUUUUGACCUACACACCUAAGACAAGCCCUAACAAAGGCUUUCCCUAAUUCAAACUUAGUCAACAUCAUUUGUUUACCUUGCUGCCAUUCAAUUUUCAUGAUUAAAAAGUUUAUUUCUCCGGCUAAAGAAGACAUUCCGGUACCUGCAGAAAAAAAAGGAGGUUGCUUGGUUACGUAAAAACCUCGAUAAUAUUUUUCUCGGUUGUUUUAAAAAGAAAUGACCAUUGUAACAAUAACAACUCAUUCAGGAAAGGAGUAACACAACAAAAUCAUCUUUUUUAUAGAAACUCAUGUGUAAAAUGAGGCUUGAUUUCUAACUGCUGUUUCAUAAAAUCAGCUUCCAAUUCAGUGGAGAAAUGUCUGAAGUCGCAAUUUUAUUUCCUCCAGUCAAAACCUUUCCUGCUUAACUUGACCUCGGUACAAUUGAUCACCAAGUGCCCUCUUCAAAGAACAGGUAAAUUUGAUGGCUUUGUUCGUUAGGGCGCCCAGGCUCUUGAAAGUGUUCUCGUUCUUUGUUUGUUUCAGGUAACAUUUUAGAUAAAGGAAGAACUGGUCAAAACGAGACCGUAAGGCUCUAUGAUAAGUAAGAAACAACACACAAACACCAAAUUAAAGUGAACCUUAACGGAUGCAAUAUUUUCAUUUUCAUAUUAGUUCGCUCUGUAAAUCAGUGGGAAGUUACAUGUAGUGCUUGUAUUUUGCCGUCCAAGUGAACGUUUUCAGAGACUGGAAGACCUGUGAGUGUAUUAACUUGAUCGUAAUUACCCAUGUGAAAAUGUAGCUCGAGCAACCAAUACAGGACACCUGAUAAUUCUUUCCACCUACCGCGUUCUUCAAGGCUUGAUCCAAAUCUUCAAUUAAAUCCUCAGUGUCCUCUAGGCCCACAGACAAACGUAUCUAAAAUACAAAGCAAUGAUCAUGAUCAGCCAGGCAGCUUCCCUGUCAAGUAGUUCACCAGUUCACUAUCAAAAUUGACAGAGAACCGUCAACUCUAACUUCCUCAGCAAAAAGCCAUUGAGAACAUACGGUCGUUGAACCACAGGGAGACCACUGGCUCAUACUAGACUUCGAACGGCAGUCUCAGUGGUCUUCGGGGUCAACGCUAAAACUAGGAAUUCGACGAGUGAAUGUGCUAACGGCUAAAAAAGGAAAUGUAGACGAAAAAAUUUGUUAAGAAACAUAAGCAACCACCGUCCGAGUCAGUGGUUGAAGAUUACACUCUUUUAAAUCAUUUGGAAGGCUGUUCCAGUCUUUCGCGGCGUGAAAAAUAAAAGUUUGUUUACCCCAGUUUGUUCUGGGUAGGGGUAAGCGAAUAUCAUUAGAGCGUCUUGUAUUAUAUGAAUGAACAGCUUGACUUUUAGUAAAAUUAAAGUUGAAAUCGGUUUCUCCAAUAAGACACUUGUGAAUUGCAAUGCAGCGAUGAAAAAACCUUCUUGUGGACAGUGACUUCAAAUCUAGACUUUUCAGUGCUUCAGUUGACGAGCUUCGGGGUGGUUGCCCCAGCAUAACUUUAGCAGCUUUAUUCUGUAGAAUCUGUAAUUCUGACAUGAUGGUGUCAUUGUUCUUGUCCCCCCAUAUAACGUCUCCGUAAUCAAAAAGAGGGAGGAUUAGGGCAUUGUACAAGGCAACUCUAGCUUGUAGCGGCAAUAGAUUCCUGAUUCUCCUAAUUAGGCCUAUUCUCUGAUUAAUCUUCAUGCUGAUAGCGUCGACAUGAUCUGCCCAGGACAUAGACUGUUGAAGCGUUACGCCUAGGUAUUUGAAUGAUUGUGUUCUUUCAAUACUAGUGCCCUCUACUUUAACCAAAAUACCUUGAAUACGAUUCAGUUUCUGAGGACUUCCAAAGAUAACAAAAUUACAUUUGGAUAUAUUUAGUGUCAGGAGAUUUCUAGAGAACCACUCAGAGACUGUCCCCAAGUCAGCAUUGAUGUGAUGUUCAAGAUCACUGACGCUUUUGGAUGAGUAAUAGAGUACAGUAUCGUCCGCAUAAAGAAUAAUAGGGAACUUAAGAACCACGACGAAGUUCACGACGACGACGUCUGUUGACUGGGAAAGGACUGGAACGAGAACGUCAGUUUCGGCGGGAAAAAGGAAACUUAAGACGCAGUCGAUCGAUAGGUCGACGACGACGACACUGAAGGGAAACAAACAUGCAGAAGUAGUACAACUGUGAUGUUCGUUCGCAGCAAAGUUUUUUCGCAAAGGCGUCUUUUAAGACGAUGCAAGAUCUUAUUUUAUAAGCCGUACGUCUAUUUUCUUUGACGAUUGAAGAAUUUUUAGUGUUGUCUGACCUUUUCGAAUGGAAAAAUCUCUGCUUUCCGUACGAAGGUUAUUCAACUUUCAACCUGAAUGACAUGACCGAGUCCGAGUGUCUGUCAGAGUUUAGAUUUGGAAAAAGAGACAGUCCGAUGCGAUAGCUGUUUUCCAUAUAAAGUUCAUUUCCUCUAUAUUAAAGAUAUAUGAUUUGCCUGAUGACCUAAAUACGUACAAAUAAAUUUGUCACGUACGAGUUGGCUCGCUGGCCUGCACAGCUCAGUGUUGUCUUCGAAGAAACACAAUUCAUCGGUCAAAUUUUCAAUCAACAUCGCUUGUUAGCAGAAAAAGAAAGGAUACCUGGAUUUACGAGGUGAAAAAAUACAAAGCCCUUAAAAAAUCGCUUUAAAACAGGGAGUUAUACCUGCCGAAGCUUGUGGACUGCAGGACGACGUGACUCUACUGUGUUUGGCGUCGUCGACGACACCACGACGACGAAAUUUGUAAACCGGGCUUGCGCAGUGCACGGUAUCUCACUUCCGGUCGUCGUCGACAAAGUCGUCGUCGUGGUUCUUAAGUUCCCUAAUAUCGCUUGCAGGUGACAGUCCGGAAGAUCAUUCACGUAAAUUAAAAACAAUAAAGGAAUAAAUAAAUAAAUAGAUAAAUAAAUAGAAAAUAUGUAUACUUUAACUUCGAAACUGAAGCAAAACUUUAGAAACGAGAAUCAAGCUGGGCCCACUUUACCAAAGAUUUCGCAAAGAUUUCUGGAAUUAUUUCUGAUUACGCGCUGUUCAGCUACUGGCCAAUUUUCCCUUUGUCCCCAGAAACCGUUCCAGGAGUCGAGCCCCAGGAAACACCUAAGUUCUUCUUUAAAAUCCCUUACGUUGGGGACUUCUCAGUCGCGGCACAGAGGAGUAUACGCAAACUUGUUAACCGAUUAUGUAAACCUAUUGAUUUAAGGUUAGUCUUUACUAAUUUCAAAGUCAGGAAUCUUUUUCAUGUGAAAGAUGAGUCCCUGAGGGGCUACGCACGCGUGUGGUCUAUAAAUUUUCGUGUGCAAGUUGUAAUGCUUGUUAUGUUGGUGAAACCAGCCCACACUUCUCCACACGAGUGCGCGAGCACUUACUUUCAGACAGAUCUUCGAACGUUUUUAAACAUCUGCAGAGUUCAGAGUUUUGUAGAGCAUCUUGCACACCGGAUUGCUUCGAGAUCCUAGACUCUCCAGCCACUAAGUACCAAGUGAAGCUUAAGGAAUCCACGUUUAUAAAAUGGAAGAAGCCCGAUCUCAACCAGCAGGUGAAACACAUUAACCUGACUCUCUCCCUGUAAAGAACUAAGCGUCACUCAUUUAUUUAUUUUUUGUUUUAGUACGCAAUUUUGACAACACAAUGUAACGAACUUUCUAAGAUCGCUCGCGCUUUAAAUUCAACGGCGAUUUCAAAAUAUGCAACACUGAAGAUGACGGAUGUACCGUCGAAACAUGUCUGGAAAAUUAAAGAAAGUUGAGAAGUUUUUGCGAAAGUUAACACAGGCUAGAUUCCUUUUCGUUUGUAAAACUCACCAGUGUGUCUGAUAUUCCCAAGUCUUCCCUCUGCUCUUUGGGGACUUAUGCAUGAGUCAUAAUUGCCCUGAAAUAUCAAGUGACUUGUCUGUUUAGCGAUAGAAAGUCUAAAGGUUAGUUUGGGAAGGCCCAAAUGGCUCUUCAAAGGUAUACAUAUCGCACCUAAACCACUGCAAAGUCGUGGAAAACAAUGUAUAACAGGAUCACAACCGAUCACUGACCAGGAAGGGAGCUUAAGUAACCACGACAAUGACAACGACGACUUGAAAAAACAAUUGGUUUUAUAAGUAAAACAACAGCUCUGCACUUGCAUCACGCUUUUUGGCACAUAUUUCUUUGACGUCCACUACACAACUACAGUGUACAGAGUGAAACUCCCUCACGCGUUUAUGGAGGACGUGAAUACAUGUCCACGAAUUUUCCUUUUCUGAAUCUGGAUACAACCCUUAAUAAGGACUCAACUCCAGGAAAAAAAAAAUUACCUUCAUUAACAAAUUGAGAGGGUCUAAACAGAUGUUUUUAUUGCCGUCGUCGUCGCUGCGUGAACUCCCUAACAAUUUGGGCUUAAACCAUACCAUACGUAGAGAGCAUUUCUGAGCGAACGCGAACUAUUUCCUGCUCAUAUUAAUCAUUUACGCUUCCGCAAUGAAACCGCGCGGAAACACUUUCUACAAGCUUCUUAAACCACCAAAGCUAGAGCCAGUUUGCUAUACAACAACACUCUUGAUGUAAAAAAAAACUCAUCUAGAUUCACUGUAAGUGGCUGAACUUGACUAAGACGUUUAUUGAAAGACCUUUUUCACUCUCCAGUGAGAUGUUCUUGAGGGAAGUGUCACUUUUCCUCUCCUUAAACCUACCCCAUUUCUAGAGUCUGAAUAUUUCUUGUAUGUGAGAGACUUUUGAAACAAAAUGUAUCUUAGUUUUGAAACUAAAUGUACCAUUCGGAAACACUGGCAAAUACAUCUUAUUUUAAUUAAAUGCACACUAUUCCAAAAAACAAAUAAAUCACAUGACUGACUCUUAGCUAAUCACGCUACAUUUUUGUAAGUUAUCCUCUCCAAAAUGCAUUUUUCAACUGCAACUUCAAAGCUGACAUUACAAGGGGCCAUUUCAGCAGUGAUAAUAUGCCAUACAAUGUUCUUUAGUGGUCAUAAAACUAAAUAAAACACUUACGGUAGUUCCGUUAAAUUUUCAAAUCCUCCUAAACUCUCAGAAAGAGUAAACAACUGAAAUUAAAAAGGAUCGAUAUCAGAGACCUUCAGAUUCGAGGACGACGACGAUGACGAAGAGAUUUGACUUAACCCUUUAAGUCCAAAUUAAUAGUGACCAACAUCAACUUUCGCCUGACAAUAUCCAUAGACUGUAAAGAGCAAAGUCUAUGAGAAUUAACAAAUUGAUCAGAAUUCGAUCUUUUUUCAAAUUCUCUCAACUAUUUUUUCAAGAAAAUGUAUGGACAUCAAUCUGGAGAAUUGGUAUGUAGAUAUCGGGGCUAAAACGAAGAGUUAAAAAGACACCUUGGAAAGCUUCAUUUUACUUGUUUCCACCAGAAAAGUUAUUUUUAUUGAAGGAGGUAAAGUCCUCUCCCGAUCUGCGCAAAAUGAUAAAACGUCUAGCAUUUGGAAAAUUUGUUUUCGCUACUACAACAUUAUGCUAAAACCCGUAGUACAAUGAAGACGGCUAUUACGUUUUCCUGUUAAAAUGAUCCUGGAUCAAGCUCGCGCACUACUUAUUACUGAGAAAAUAUCGCUCUCGUAGUCGUCCAGGAAUGUACAGGAUGCCAGUUGUAUUUUUCUCAAAACUUAAAAUUAUUUUCGAAUAGAGAUUAUUUUAUACAAGGACAUUUGUGUAACCCUUUAUAGAAAACAAAAUUGAGAAACGUGCAAUGAUUCUUUAGUCGAAGCUAACGAACAAUAUAUUAAAAUAUUGAAACAAUUAUUUUUGCUACGACUGUCUUUCCAUCGUUUGCGCCCGAUAUCAUCCACCGUCAAAGGGAUGUUUACUGACUCCAUGAUCUACACAAAUAAUGUUUGAUCAGCUUUAGAAUUUAACUUUAAUUGUUCUGCCCAAGUAAAAGCUAAAUGACAGUUUUUCUCCUCAACAGCCUUUAAUAAAAGACACGCCCGGUCCUGAAAGCGUCACUCAGUUCAUUGAGCCAUUCUUCGCUUAGGCAAGUCUUCUUUGAAGGAUAAUAGUUCAGAAAGGAGAGCUUUAAUUUGCUUUUACUUGGAUCUUUAUCUGGUAUGAUAUACGUACUCGUUACUCCUCAAACGUUUAAUCUGUGCUUUGAUGAGCAACAAAACAUAAUAAGCUUAUUCACAGAGCCCGCUGUGUUAACGCCAAUCCUAAAGAAACCGUGGGAGAAUUUGCUGAAGUUCUUUGCAGUAUUAAAUUAAAUUCAAUAACUUAACACUAAGAACUGUUAAACCAACUUUUACUACUUAAUUAACCCGCGUUAAAAUUGCACUGAUUGUUCCUUUUUCGAGCCCUAAUUAAAAACGUUAAAAAAUUUAGUUUUGAUGAUAUUCGAAAUUCCUAUAUCAAAAUAGAUAUGCUCUCGUUUGGUUUUUCAAUAGCACAAGUCUUCGUUGCAAAAAAACCUUUUUUUUUUUUUUACUUUUUGCGCUUACAAUUCUGAUUUACGAUCGUAAAAAGGAACUCGAUCAGGGGGCGUUAACAGCCUCUGGAUUAAUUUUUAUUUUUUGAUCCAUUUGUAAAAGGUUAUUCCUUUUGUUAUUUUAACAGCUACGAAAAAUGAAAGGAAUAUUUCAGUCGGUCAUGUAUAUGCUUGGUGCAGCUCUCAUUGUCACAUGUAUGCCAUCUCAAAACAACCAAGGUAAAUAUAGUGACUAAUCCCCAGUAAAUACACCGUAAAAUCCCACCUCAAAGCCCUGGCCCGGUUCCUCGAAAGAUCGUUAAGUUUAACCCAGGAAUAAGCCAAAUUUUAAGCAAGGUUUUCUAGUCUAAAAACAUGUAACUCGAGCUACGGAUCAAUUUAGCAGUUUCUGGGCAAAAACGUAUCUGGGAAACAAAUGAAAGAAAACGUAACACAUACACUUGGAGUUACAUUAAUUAUAAUACAUUUAUUGUGCGUCACAAUAAAGGAAGAAAGUAUUUCAAAAACAUCUAAAAAACAUUUAUGCGACUGGAACAACAGGAACAGAACAGAAUGAAAGUAAAAAAAAAUAUAUAAGCCUAAACGUUAUCAAUUUGCCUGUUUGCCGUUAAACGGUCCUGUAUUUCAUUGUUCAGUGGUGUUGGAAAUGAACAUUGGAACAGAACUCGUAGCGUCGUUAUAUAUGCAUGAACAUUUAUUUCUUUCUUUUGUAUCAGUGUAGUUAUUGUUCUAAAGUCCACAGCCUCUUUUUUUACCGGGAAUCGGGAAUCGGGAAUCGGGAAUCGGAAUCCACAGAGUAAAAUCCAGAUUUCAAGACUAUCUUGGAUUGCCAUACUUAGGGCGAUGUAGCUAUCGACCUCGCCCGUGUAAGCAGUCUUUGAAACCGCUAAUCAGAAAACGUCGUCUUUAUAGUUAAACUGGGCUUUCGUAUUGCGAUAAACUUAGUUAGUUUCUUCCAGCAACAAUUCCCGUCACAGUAAGUUGGGACACCCGUGCUGUACCCAUGAUUCCGACAAAAAGUUGUGCUCUUUCCUCCCAAUGUUGAUUUUUUUGCUUCUGUGAUGCCAACUCGCAAAAACCGACAUUUAGAGGGCAGAAAAUAUCCCCACUAUCCCAACUUAUGUCACGAGUAUUGAAGGUACAGUACGUUUUGCCCCUCGAGCACUGAACAGCUUCCAGUCACAUGCGCAUGGCAAUCUCCUGGAUACCGCCAGAAAUAUAAACCUUUUUUUUUUCUCUGCUCCCAUUCCUUACGCUGAUAACGUUUUUUUCUGCAGAUUCAGAUUCGUGAAUUGCAGUGCGCAGUCCUUAAUGCGACGUUUCUAUUGGUCAGUUCACUAUGACGGUGAUUGCUUUUGAAGGCAGCCCAAGAAAAAAGCCGACAUUCCGCAACGCCACUGUUGAUUUUCCCGCGAAAUGACGUCUGGGGAACGAACGCAAAAACUCCAUACUGAUGACGUGUCACUUCCCAGAUCUGGGUAGUACUUCUGAUUGGUUGUAGCAAAUUUCCCACGUGGCACGACCAGUUAAAAACACUGCUCACAUCUGGGUAGUGACACUUCAUCAGUAUGGAAUUAACGAGGCUCGUUCCUCACACGUCAUUUCGCGCGGAAACUAGCGGUGACGUCGGUUAAAUGUCGAUGGUCGACUAUUUUGAACGUUGGCACGGUUUGGUCUAAAAAAGCUUACAAAAACAUUCAACAAAUUGGCCGGGGUGACGGGCCUUAUUGCCAUUGCAGUUUUAAAUGGCGGUAUUGAAUGGCCGGACGAGCCAAUAAAAGCUCUAGGUGUAUAUUUUACUUAUGACCAAAAAUUGCUUAAAGAAAAGAAUUUUAUAGAACGACUGGAUUCCAUUAAAAAACUUAUUAAUAUAUGGUCCGCUAGAGGCCUGUCGAUAUACGGUAAGGUGACAAUAAUCAAAUCUUUUCUUAUCCCUAAGUACAUUUACAUUUGUUCGAUCCUUCCAACUCCCAAGGAAUUACUAAAAGAAUUGAAUAAAAUACUGUUUAAAUUUCUCUGGAAAGGUGUAGAUAAGGUAACAAGAGCUUCAGUUAUAAACGAAUACGAAGAGGGAGGGCUAAGAAUGGUUGAUCUCGAGUGCAUGGUUAAGUCAUUGAGAUUAGCUUGGUUAAAAUGUAUCUUCAGUGGGAAUAAAGGAACUUGGAAAAGCUACCUACAACACAUACUGAGCUCCGUUGGGGGAUUGUUCUUUUUUAACUGCAACUACAAUAUCUCGGAUUACACAAUUCCUUCCCAGUUUUAUCAGGAACUUUUGUUAUGGUGGUCGCAAUUUCGUGAAACGUUUGCCACUGAAGAAGAUUGGAAAACGAUAAUCUGGAAUAACAAAGAAAUAAAAGUAGAAAACAAGCCGGUUUAUUAUAAACAUUAUGUUAAUGCGAGAGUCAUUUACAUUCAGGAUCUUUUAUUUAGUCUGAACAGUACUAAUUCUUAUAAAAAACUGUCUAAAAAAAUAUGCAAAACAAAUAUUUUAGAAUGGGCUGGCUUACGCAGGUCCAUUCCAUUAUCGUUAAGAAGUUAUGACAGGUAUCCUUCCAUAAACUCACCAACAUUUGUGGUGGGUGACAAUAAUUUUGAUGUUACGAAAGGGAAAUCAAACGAUUACUACAACCUACUCAUCAGAGAAAAAGCUAAACCGCCCAAUAUUAUUCAAAAAUUACAGAGUAACUUUAAUUUUAACAGCGACAAUCUGAAGCAAAUAUUUAAGCUGCCACACUCUAUCGUUGUCGAAUCGUAUGUUAAAGCCUUCCAGUACAAAGUAAUUAACUCAAUUCUUUACACAAAUACAAAGUUGUAUAAAAUAGGUUUUAGGACAAAUGAUUUAUGUACUUUCUGUGACAAUCAACCUGAAUCAUUAACACAUUUGUUCUAUCACUGCUCACGCUCUAAAAAGUUUUGGAUUGAAUUUGAACUAUAUUGGUGCCUUAUUUCGAAUCAACGAAUUCGUCUCUGCUUGGAAAAUGUGCUCUUUGGAAUUUUGACGGAAAAUGCUUGCCCUUUACUUCAAUUGCUGAACUAUUUUAUAAUUAUUGGAAAACUCUAUUCGUGGGACUGCAGGAGCAGACAAAUCCUUCCAAACAUUUAUGGAUUUAGAGCCAAGAUCAUCGCUAAAUAUGAAACAGAAGAAAAAAUCAGCAACAAAUAAUUCUUUAAAAGAAAGUGGAUACUGACGCCUUAUUUAAGUUAACUGUAUUAACUCCGUAUUAUUUCAUUGCCCUGUAGUACUUUUUUUACAAUUUCCUUUAGCCCUGUAACACCUCCUGUAAUAAUUUGACAAUUUUUUUUUUGUUUAAAAAAAAAAAAAAAAAAAAAAAAAAGACUAAGAUCUUUAUUUCCUGUAUUGAUUUGAGUAACUUGUUUCAUUUCUUAUUAGAUAUCUGCGAUAUCAAACCCGAAAAUCGGAAUGAAUGUGGAUGGUUUGGAAUAGAUCAAGCAACAUGUGAGAAGAAAGGCUGUUGUUGGGACAGUACUCAUCCAGAUGCCCUCUUUUGCUACAACUCAAAACGCGGCCCUCGUCAGUUUGUGAACAUUUUAUUUAAAGCAUUAUAACUCUUUCUAGUAUCACCCAACUAGCAGACUGAUGCAAAUCCUGCAUUUUAAUUAACUGCGCAACUAGGGGGCUAUAAGUAAUAGUCUUCGAGUGGCGAAAUUCGGCGGGGUUUGAAAACUGAUCAAAACAAUGGCGGCCGCUUCGCGUUUUGUCGAGCUUUCAAUCUAGAUAACUUGCUAGACAAUUACAUUCCAGAAAAGACUAAAACAACAACGGAGUAUGGAAUGAACAUAUUUGAUGGUAAGUUAACUUUUUUUUACUAGACGAAAUUACGAGCAUUUAACAUGGUUUCGAUUUAACGGUUACCAUCAAUUCAAAACAAAUAACCUUUUUUCGACGAGUGUUUUCAGUAUAUUGUCACAUUUAUUAUAAUUAUAGAAUUAUUUCCAUAUACGACAAAAAUUCAAAACAGUUAUACAAGAGAUGUAGAAGGAAGAGUUAAAUGAAUGUCUCACAAUGUUUUACGCCAAAUUUAAUUUUUCAUUUUACCUUCUACAAAUUGUUUAUUGCGUAGCAUAUCGCGAUAUAUAGUGACCGAUCACCUAAAAAGGGGACUGGAAACUAGACCUUUAAAGGCUUUUUUCUUAAAAACUAGCUAUACGACCUCAUCUCAAGAGGAUCUCAGGAUUUACUUAGUACGUAGAAAUUAUUGUUUUUAGAAAGAGAAAACUCCUGUAGACAGAAUUUGUGCAAAAGGCAAAAACACAAAUAAAAUGGCCCAAGGUACGGAUAUUAGCAUGAAAGAUAAUAUUAUUAUUUUUACGUUAAAAGUUAAUUGGAGGCUUAUGUAACUGUAUUAACCCUCGGACGUACAAGGAGGUUUUUCUGAGUUUUUUUUUUAGAAGAUUAAACAUCAGCACCUGACGUUUCCAGUAGCUAUUCGUUCAUCCCUCUCGCAAAUUUUGAGAAAAGUUUAGUGAUGGUCAGUUUCUAUGGUUACGAGAUAUGACGUCAUAAGUAGCAGGUGGUCAAGCCAUUUUUGGCUGAAAAUACAUGUUUUUUUUUAAACUUCUUUUAACAAUAAAAGUAAAUCUUUCGGCUAAAAUCAUGUACUAGUAGUUUUUCUCGCGGUUUUAACCUGAUUUCUAGUUCUUGGUAAAAUCCAAGAUGGCGGCCGAGGUGGCGACCAUUGUUGUUGACGUCACAUUCCUCCAGCAGCACAACCACCUAAAAAUAUACCUCAUCUUGUUAAGAAAAUCAAAGGCUUUUCGCUUACGGUAAAAUCGUUUCGAAAUACCGCAAACUCCGGGGAAGCGGUCCAUCCCCCUCCCCCUGUAUCAAGGUAGGGGUAUGAAUUUGCGUGUACUUCCGAGGGUAAAGUUAGUGAACCAUUUUCUAGUUCUAAGUCACUUUUGCUUCAGUCCUUACAGUUCAUGAAAGUAUUGUGGGUCGUUGCACUAUUGUAAAGUUUUCGAUUGUUGCUUUUAAGCACAGUUUUCGUUGGAUUUCCACCGACUUCACAUCUGGAUAAGUGAAUGAAAGAAUUUUCACAAGCUUCGCUUUUGUAUCACGUGUUUCAGAAACGUGUCGGUUAUGUGAAUUUUUACUAUGCAAAUUUUGCGCAAUCGAGCUUGGUCCAUUACUUUCCCAAAUAUUUUUUUAGCAAGUAUUUCUUAUCUUUAUAAUUGCUUUUUGUGCGACUAGUUGGGUGAAACUAAAACAAUUAGACCCUUCGCCCUCAAGGGCCACAGGUCAACAUCCUAUGAGACGAAUUGACCCGUACCCCUUUGGGGCUAGGGGUCUAUCUCGAACCGGGGCACUUUAAAGAAGAUUAUCCACUCACAACGUUUUUAAAAAAACAAAACAUUUUAUUUUUGCAAACGGACCAGUGAAAAUCAAGGUCGGCUCCUGUCAAGGUUCAACUAUGCAACCGUUAAAAACUUUAAAACUGCUUCAACUUACCUGACCUCUCAGGAAACAGCCAUCAGAUUCAUGAAUGUUAUUGAUCCGUUGCAAAAAAACGUUGUGAUUGGAUAAUCUUCUUCCAAGUGGCCCUGUCCGAGUAGUUGCACUUGCAAAUAUACCUUCUUUAUCCUUGAAUAGUACUGAAUAUCAAAAAACCAAAUUGCUCCAUGGAAAAGUACUGAAAGGGCGGUUUCUUAACUAAAGGAAGGUUUAUACCCAUGUUAAGCUCCGUUCAUUUAGCCAAGAUGCUUGAAAUAAUAAUGUAUUGUGUUUCCACCUUGGUUAUGCGUGAAAGGGGUGCAACAUGAUAUGCUCAUUUGACCCCACCCCCCCUAAAAAAAGCAAUUCCCAAGUCCCCGUAAUAGUGACCAACAUCAAUUUUCUCCUUACAAUCUUGAUUCAUAUUGAAGAGAAAAGGUUAUGAGAAUAAAUAACCUGAUCAAUAGAACGUAAGGUACAGCGUUAACAUUCUUUGCAUUUUUAAAUUAUCUUGUGUUUUGUAACUUACAGCCCCUACGUGUGACGUGCAAUCUCAAAACCGUUAUGAAUGUGGAUGGCUGGGAAUCGAUGAACAAACCUGCUUGAAGAGAGGCUGUUGCUGGGAUAAAAGCGAUCCAAACGCAAAGUACUGCUACGUUAAAGGACACUCGAGUAAGCUUUGAUUAGGUGACAGUGCAGCUAAGAGAGGCCCUGUAAAAUUGAAGUUUGGUAACAGCGUUUUUGCGACUCAAACUCGGAAGUUUUCGAAACACGUUACGAACGUACGCGCUUAAAUAAGGAAAUUGUUUCACGUGCGUUUUGUCCAAAUCCUAAUACAUAUAACUUCCCUCGCCUGAUUGGAUGACUUUUUUUAUCAACUAUUUCAAUAAAUGAUCUUUUUUUCCAAUUAUUUUCCAGUUUAAGUUUUACAAUUAAAGAUAUAUUUGCAUUAAUGGCAACCCAAAGAUGUUCCACUUUUGCUACAGUGCCAUACAAUAGAUAAUGCAACGUGUUACAAUAAGCUUUAAAUACAAAUAAUAUAUAAAUUUUUUUCAAAAGUAAAUUUUUCUGAGCCUGCAAUCACUUGAAUACCUUGACUUGUCUGCGGAAAACUAUAAAAAACAUGUCUCCUCACAGUUGUGCACCUGAGCUCGCCAUACAGUCAUGUGACACCGGUCAGCGGGUAUUCUAUGACAGUUGACAGCGGUUAAUUGAUGAUAACAUGGAUGUAGGGUAAGACACUUAACAUCCGCUUACAUGAGCGGGUAGACGUACGCAAGUACGUACGAACGAUUUUCUCAGAACCAAAAUUUCUUGGAUGCAUGGACAACCGAAUUUCCUUACCCAUGGUACUCCGUUGCGCGAGAGCUCCACCAUAAAUACGUACUAUUAUUUCGUUAAGAAUCGUCACUGGUUCAGAUAAAGGGUAUGUGUAUCUGUACAGAUCUUCCUGAUGGACUUUGUCCCGUGGCUCCACUGAACGAGUGGAAUGUGGAUAUUAUGGGAUAA